GUGAGUUUUACUUAAAAAACUAACCAAUUACAUCCAAUGAUAAAAGUUUUGUAACGAAAAUCAAAUCCAAACUGAUGGAUAGAACAAGUAAAAAGAAGUUUGGUACCUCAGUGCAGCGCUUUAAAAAAAUAACGACCAAUCAGCGAUGAGACACAAACGUAGGCGGGACGGACUGUUUGAUUGACUUGAUAUCCCUCCAAUCAAACUCUCCAGUCAGUGACAUUGUCCAAUCAUGUGCGGGAUCGACCCGCUGUAGCCAACGAGAGAGGAUUUUCAACAAGCUCAGAGAAAAGCGGAGACAGACAGACAUCAUUUCUCUCCCAGCUUCUUUGGACUAUCACACGACGCCAAAGAAUCAAGAAAUAAAGCAUCUUUCUCUGAACAGGAUUAUAACGGUCUAAAUUAAUACCCAAACAUUUAACAUGGCCGACACAGCUGUAGAGAAGACCAUAACUGCAGAGGUUACUGCCAAGGAGCUGAAAGAGAAGAAAGAAGUAGAAGCGAAGGAGGUGGAGAAGGAGAAGAAGACCGACACCGGGGACGCACCUGCCAAUGGCACAAAUGGUGCUGACCACAGUGACAAAGCAGAGGACAAAGCAGAAAACAAAGCAGAAGACAAAGCAGAGGAAAAACACAAGAAUGGAAAUGGAGAAGCAAAGAAGGCGCCCCCUGCUGAGGAGACUGAUGCACCGCCCAUGAAGCGUGCAGCUGAAGAGGAGGAGGAGGAGGAGGAGGAGGAAAAGGUGGAGACAAAAAAGCAGAAGACAGAGGAAAAUGGAGCUUCAAAAGAGGCAGAAGUGAAGGCUUAGGUCUCUGCCCUGCUACCUGUUUGCAGCACUGUCUUGGUCAACAUCGUGUUGUAGAGCUUGUGCUUUCUGUACCUUUUUUUGAGAAAUAUUUCUUUUUAUUUGCUCCCAUGUUAUCACAUUGCACUGGAGUCCUGAAACCUAGUGGCCCUGCAUCCUUUUUUAUGAAAUGUUAUUUAUUGGUCUUUAAAAUUAGCUUUUUUUUUACUUGUACAAAUUGGGCCACACCAUGAGAUCAGUUUUUUCAUUUCUUGAGGUUUUAUAUCAGUAUGUUAGAAGCACAAUCUCUCAUGUCAGUGCUGACCAGAUGAUUCAUACAAUUCAGGCAGCUGCUCACUUCUUCCUAGUUCUCAUGUUGACCUCAGAUUCACUUAAAGGACCAAAGAUAAGUUUUAAGCAGGGGCUAAUGGACAGUUGUUCGCAUUAUUAGUUGAGGCAUACUUUUUUUGUGUUGGGCUGCUAUUUAAUCCUUGGCUUGGCUGCCCUGUUAACAUAACAGAUGGUGCAAAUGAAUAAAGGGGAUCUGUCUUGCACCUCCAUUAUAAGAUUGCUUGACCUUGUUUUAUGGAGGUAAAACGUUGCAAUGUUAAUUAACCCCUCUUAAAUCUUAAAGCUUUGGUCAUUUGUUCUGUAUGCAUUCCACGCAACUUUGUACCAUUUAUACUUUGUUUUUCUUACAGUUUUAUGUUAUGGCUGGGUAGCCCAGUUUUGUGUCGAAGUCUGCCUUUUCAGAACCAGAAUGACAUUUGGUUACUUCAGCCACUGCUUUGUAUAUUCUGAUUAAAAAAAUGAAUUGUCUUUUUACUUAA